GGCUCCAGGAAACGGGCGCCCAGUCCGCUCGCUCCGAGAGUCCCUCGGCUACCCUGGCGCGCGCCCCCAACCCAGCCAGGCGCUCCCAAACUUGGGUCAGAGCAGAGCCUGGGUCCGAGACUUCAUCCUAGCUGCCCAAGACUAGACUGAACGGGACUGGACGGAAAGAGACGGGACGGGACAGGACGGGACAGGACGGGACGAGACUAGACCCGACUGAAGGGGACGCUCAGGACUGAGACCCGGGACUGUCGGACCGCGGACUUUGGGGGGUGGGGGGCAGUGAGUGACCGGGCGCACCCGCCCACCUAGCCGGUCCCAUGGUACCCGGGAUGGAGGCCCGGGGCCCGGUAGGGGCUGCUGCCAACCGUGUCUGAAGGGAGGGGGCCUGGGAGGGAGAGAGGCCAUGACCUCAGUGUGGAAGCGGCUCCAGCGCGUGGGUAAACGCGCCGCCAAGUUCCAUUUCGUGGCGUGUUAUCAGGAGCUGGUGGUGGAGUGCACCAAGAAAUGGCAGCCAGACAAGCUGGUGGUGGUAUGGUCCCGGAGGAACCGCCGCAUCUGCUCCAAGGCCCACAGCUGGCAGCCUGGCAUUCAGAACCCUUACCGGGGCAUGGUGGUAUGGAUGGUGCCAGAGAACGUGGAUAUCUCCGUGACGCUCUAUCGGGACCCCCACGUGGAGCAGUAUGAGGCCAAGGAAUGGACAUUCAUCGUCGAGAAUGAGUCCAAAGGGCAGCGCAAGGUGCUGGCCACCGUGGACGUGGACCUUUCCCGCUAUGCGGGGCCUGUCCCGUCCCAAGUGCCCCUUCGGUUGAAAUUAAAGCCAAAAUCGGUGAAAGUGCUGAAUGCAGAGCUGAACCUGACCCUGUCUGGGGUCUUGGUCAGGGAAGGCAGAGCCACGGAUGAUGACAUGCAGAGCUUGGCCAGUCUGAUGAGUGUGAAGCCCAGCGAUGUGGGGAACCUGGAGGAUUUUGCUGAGAGCGAUGAAGAGGAUGCAGUGGGACAGGGGGCCCCUGAGGUCCGGGCCAGGCCUGCCCAGCCAGACCCAUCCCGGGAACUGAACACUGUGCGAGAGGAGGAGGAAGGAGGGAGGCCUGGUUCUGGGGCCAUCUCCAAGAAGGGAGCAGCCACCUCUGCCCAUCCUGCUGCCCUGGCCCAGCCGUCCCAGGCUCCACCCGAGGAUGGUGGCGUGAAGGACCCCAGCCCAGCUGCUGUAAGUGCCCCCACCCCUGCCCCUGUGCCCCCUCUCAGGGCUUCCCGGGGCCAGGGGACCAAGGGCCAUGGAGGCCUGCCGAGCCCGGGGGGCCAGACCAGGAAGGAGGCAGAAGCAGCUGGGGGCAGCACCGGCACCGACGCCCAGCCGCUCCAGGGACCUGAGCAGGAGAUGAGGUCCCCGUGGCAACCGCCCGAGGAGUCCCCCAUCCCAGCCCCCCGGCUCAAGAGAGUGGCCACCGCCCCCCUGCACCCAACCUCUCCGACCAGCCAAGAGGAAGCCCCAGGGGGCCAAGGGGGGCAGGCAGGACCCAUAGGAGAGGCAGCUCCUGGACUAGAGCCUGAAGCAGGAGAGAGAGGCACCAGGAGCUUCAAAGCCAGGGAUGCUUCCCAGGAGUGGGGAGGAGGAGAAAAGGAAGGAGGCCCCCCCCAGGAGAGUGAAGGGGCCUGGGACAGGGACAGAGCUGGGCGGGCAGUUGUCAGCACUGAAGCCCAGGAGAUAGAGCAAGGAGGAGGGAAGGUGCAGGGCCAAGGCUUGAGGGCUGGGGAGGGGGUUGAAGCCAGAGAGGAGGAGGAGGAGGCUGGGAGGAGGCCAGAGGCCAGAGGGGGAGCGCUCGGGGAAGCAGCAGACACCACAGAGGAGGCUGGGAGGGGGUCAGAGGCCCUCAGAGAGGCCCAGGCAGAAGCAGCCACUAAUGAAGUCCCCGUUGGAGCAGCUUCAGUCCAAGAAGUUAGGAGGCCAGAGGUCAGGGAAGCAGAUGAGCAAGUAGCACAGCCAAGAGUCCAGGAGGCCGGCCCUGCAGAACUCCCGAGGCCAGGCUGGUGUCCUCCAGCUCAGACUAGGGACAGCCCAGAGACCCCAAAUUCAGUUCCGGGAGCUGGACCUGGGGCUGAGGCAGGAGCCACCAGGGACCCUGGGGAGUGUCCCUUGGGCAUAGCUGAAGGAGCUUCAGAACAGGCCAAGGACAGUGGGAGAGCAGAGGAGAGGGGCCAAGAGGGGACAGGGGCCCUGGGGCUCCCUACCACAGGAGCUGAAGGCACCAAGGCCCAGGUGAGCAGGAGUGGUGCUCAUCCAAAGGGCAGGGACGAGGGGCUGCAUGGGGCUGAGGACAUGGGUGCUGGCAUGUGGAGGGGCAGGGAGGAGAUAUGGGCUCAGAGAACAGGGCCUGAAAUAGUGGGGAUGAAGGAAGCAGAGGCCAGGACUAGGGAGAUAGAAUCUGGGGUGUUGGGGAAUAGGGAGCUAGGAGCUGAGAUAUUGGGGGUGAAGGAGACAGAACUUGGAGUACCAGAGAUGGAAGAGAUAUGGACACCCAAGAGAGUAAGGUCUGAGGAGACAGAAUCUGGGGUGUUAGGGAAUAGGGAGCUAGGAACUGAGAUAUUGGGGGUAAAGGAGACAGAACCUGGGGUACAGGAGACCAAAGAGAUAUGGACACCCAAGAGAGUAAGGAUUGAGGAGACAGAAUCUGGGGUGUUGGGGGUUAAGGAGACAGAAUCUGGGGUACCAGAGACCAAAGAGAUAUGGAUCCCCAAAAGAGUAGGGACUGAGGAGACAGAAUCUGGGGUGUUAGGGAAUAGGGAGCUAGGAGCUGAGAUAUUGGGGGUGAAGGAGACAGAACUUAGAGUACUGGAGACUGAAGAUAUAUGGACACCUGAGAGAGUAGGGACUGAGGAGACAGAAUCUGGGGUGUUAGGGAAUAGGGAGCUGGGAGCUGAGAUAUUGGGGGUGAAGGAGACAGAACCUGGGGUACCAGAGACCAAAGAGAUAUGGACCCCCAAGAGAGUAAGGAUUGAGGAGACAGAAUCUGGGGUGUUGGGGGUUAAGGAGACAGAAUCUGGGGUACCAGAGACCAAAGAGAUAUGGACCCCCAAGAGAGUAGGGACUGAGGAGACAGAAUCUGGGGUGUUAGGGAAUAGGGAGCUAGGAACUGAGAUAUUGGGGGUGAAGGAGACAGAACCUGGGGUACCAGAGACCAAAGAGAUAUGGACCCCCAAGAGAGUAAGGAUUGAGGAGACAGAAUCUGGUGUGUUGGGGGUUAAGGAGACAGAAUCUGGGGUGUUAGGGAAUAGGGAGCUAGGAACUGAGAUAUUGGGGGUGAAGGAGACAGAACCUGGGGUACCAGAGACCGAAGAGAUAUGGACCCCCGAGAGAGUAGGGACUGAGGAGGCAGAAUCUGGGGUGUUAGGGGUUAAGGAGACAGAAUAUGGAGUAUUGGGGAAUAGGGAGAUAGGAGCUGAGAUUUUGAGGAUAAAGGAGACAGAACUUGGGGUACUAGAGAGUGCAAAAAUAUGGACCCCCAAGAGAAUAGGGAUUGAGGAGAAAGAGCCUGGGGUAUCAGAGCCUGAAAAGACAGAAAUUGAGAUUCAGGCACUUGAGAUAGUGGGGACUAAGUCUACAGAAAUUGGAGUAUUGGGGGCUAAGGAUAUGGAAGCUGGGGUACUGCGGGCUAAGGGGGCAGAAUCUGAAGAGAUAUGGCCUCCCGAGAGAGUAGGGAUUGAGGAGACAGACCCUGGGGUGUUGGGAAAAGGGGAAACAGCUGGGAUAUUGGGGACCAAGAAGGCAGAGCCUGGAGCAUUAGAGAAUGAAGAGAUGGGAAGUAAGAAAUUGGCACUUGAGGUGUCACAUGAGGUAGCCGGCAGUGGGGAGGCAGGGGCUGGGAUCUGUGCCCCUGCGAUAUUGGGGAAUGGGGAGACAGAGGUUGAGGGACAGGGAGCAGAGGAGACCCAGUCUGGAGGAUCAGACACUGGAGAGGCUGUUGUUGGGAUAUCGGCACCUGAUAUGGGGGGGACCAAGGACAGACACACUGGAGCACUGGGGAGUGGGGAGGCAGAAUUCAGGGUGUUGGAGGCUGAAGGGAUGGUGAGGAUCGAGGCUAUGGGAGCUGGGGUUUGGGGGACUGAGGAGAUAUUGGAGACCGAGGAGAUGGAGGCUGAGAUAUUAGGGACUGAGAUGUUAGGGACCGAGGAGAUCCUGGGGACCGAGGAGACGGAGGCUGGGGUUUUGAUGUCUAGAAAGGUGACAUCGGCUGGGGAAGUGACUGGGUGUGCACUCUUGGGUUUGGGGGAGGAGUCAGCAGCAGAGCUGGAAUGUGAGGGCUUUGUCCAGGAGCCUAGACCAGCCCCAGCAGGUGGGGGGGCUGGGGAAGAAGCCCCCAUGGCCAUGGCCACCAGCUUCCCCUGGGUGGCCCCCGCCUCAGGGCAGGAGGAGGGGGAGGCCCGGAGCACUCCUGCCUUUUCUACACCAACGCCCCCCAGCCAAGAGUGGCUUGAAGAGGACAGGAGGCCUCAGGGCUGGGGGGCAGGCCCAGAGCCUCCCCUGGGCACCAAGGUCAGCUCCAGCCAGUCCCUGCUUGAAUGGUGUCAGGAGGUCACAGCAGAUUACCCAGGCGUCCGUGUCACCAACUUCACCACGUCAUGGCGCAAUGGGCUGGCUUUCUGUGCCAUCCUGCACUACUUCCAUCCGGACAAGAUUGACUUUGCAGCCCUGGACCCUCAGAAUAUCAAACAGAACAACAAGCAGGCUUUCGACGGCUUUGCGGCCCUGGGCGUCUCGAGGCUGCUGGAGCCGGCAGACAUGGUGCUUUUGGCCGUCCCCGACAAGCUGAUCGUCAUGACGUACCUAUGUCAGAUCAGGGCCUUCUGCACAGGCCAGGAGCUGCAGCUGGUGCAAGUGGAGGGUGGCGGCCGGGCCAGCACCUACAGGGUGGGCGGCCCUGAGCCCGAGCUGACUGAGGCCCUGGACUCCAGUCACCUGGCCCAGCGCCUUCGAGAGUGUGGUGGGGAGAUGGCAGGAGCCACCCCCGCUAGGGAAGGCAGAAGCGAAGCUGGAGGUGGGGCCAGCGGGGCCAAGGCGGACGGCAAGGACGACGCCAACCCAGGUCCCUCAAAGGAUCCCACAAAGGCGGCUGGGAAGCUGCUGAAGGAAGAGGAGAAUAAGGCCAGACCUCCCAUGGAGAGCCCAGGGGCUGGCGCGGCUGCAAAGAGCUCAGGACAGGAGUCUAAUGGGGACACGAGGAAUUCCAGGGUGGGGGCCCCCAUGGCCCUGAAGGAUGCUGGGAUGGAGGCAACCAAGGCCAAGAAGGAGGCCGGCAGCUCUGAGGAUGCCAGAGCCAGGGCUGAAGGCCCUGUGGUCAGGACCAGGACACCGUCUCCAGCUGAUGGGCUAACGAACGGGACAGGGGCUGGGGUGGUCCGGCUGAGGCGGUCCUCGCUCAACGGGGAGGCUGGCAUGGGGCCUGUUCCCCCUCCUCGGGCCCACGGCUCCUUCUCCCACAUCCGGGAUGCUGACUUACUGAAGAAGAGACGCUCAAGGCUCCGAAGCAGUUCUCUCUCUGUGGAUGACACUGACUCAGGGGCCACUGGACCCUCGGAGACCCUGGCUCCAGAUUCUGCCCCUGUGUCUGCCAACCAGAAGUCUGCUGAUGUGAACCCUCCUGUGGUGGAACCAUCACCAAGUUCUAGUUCCAGCAUCAGCCCUGGCGAGGAGCCUGGGAUGCAGCGAUUCCAGGACACAAGUCAGUACGUGUGCGCUGAGCUGCAAGCCCUGGAACAGGAGCAGAGACAGAUUGAUGGGCGGGCGGCAGAGGUGGAGACCCAGCUGCGGAGCCUCAUGGAGACAGGUGCCAACAAGCUGCAGGAGGAGGUGCUGAUCCAGGAGUGGUUCACGCUGGUGAAUAAGAAGAAUGCCCUGAUCCGGAGGCAGGACCAGCUACAGCUCCUGGUAGAAGAACAAGACCUGGAAAGAAGGUUUGAGCUGCUGAGCAGAGAGCUGAGAGCCAUGAUAGACAUUGAAGACUGGCUGAAAACGGAAGCCCAGCAGCACCGGGAGCAGCUCUUGCUGGACGAAUUGGUGUCCUUGGUGAACCAGCGGGAUGAACUGGUGCGAGAUUUGGACAACAAGGAGAGGAUAGCCCUGGAGGAGGACGAGCGGCUAGAGAGGGGGCUGGAGCAGCGGCGUCGGAAGCUGAGCCGUCAGCAGAGCCGUCGGGAGCGCUGCGCGUUGAGCUGAGCCGGCCGCGCUGGGCGAGGCUGGGCCGCCCCCGGCACCCCCACCCCCCCCCCCCGCCGCCGCUCCCUUUGGGGCACGAGGGCUGUCGCUGAUCCCGCCUGCGGCCCCCCGAGCUUCCCGGGGCUUCGAGCCCCACGUCCUGGGGAUCCCCUGCCACCAGCCAUCGGGCGGCCCCGGGCCUGCGCCAGGACUCUGCCCUCCCUCCGUCUCUGCCAGGCCCCUGCGGUUGGGCCGGGCCGGGCCGGGCCGCUGCAGUCCAGCCGCUGGCCGCCCCGUCCCGCGCUUCACCUUCCCGCACCCCCGAAGGAUCCGCCCCGCCCCUCUCCUCCUUCCCCGCCCCACUUGUGCCUUUCGGCGCGUGGCCACCAGAGGCCGCCGUGGGGCCUGGUUUGCGGCCCUCCCGGGGCGCGGGGGGACCCCAGCAGGGGGGUAGGCGCAGUUUCCGCCCCGCCCCGCCCAUCAGGCCGUAUUUAUUGAAGCGUGUGCGUGUGUGUGCGUGUGUGUGCGAGUGUGUGUAUUUGAGUAUGCGUGGGACUCUAGGACGCCUGCAGCACUUAGGGACCCCCCCCCCACGAUCUCUGCGGGGUUCUUGGACCUUCGCAAAACUAACGAGAGGGGGUGGGGACAGAGAGAUCCAUGAAUCAAUCCCCCGGCCUCCUUCCAAGCAAAGACUGGGGUCACGUGGCUCUUGUUCAUAGGGGUGAUUAGUAGGGCUCCAGCACCAUUGAUAAUUGAGCCUGUGACCAAAACUGGCUACCAAAUUCGACUGCAAUCCCUCGGUGCCCCGGCCACCCCCCAGGGACUGCACCGCCAUAUUCAGGAGUUUGUCCCGCAAUAAAUUCUG